AUGAUGUUCUGGGGAUGUUGUUGUUGCAUCUCAAAAUUUAAAGAACAGCCAGAGAUCAGUGUAUGCAAGAAUACGGACUAUCCAUGGGAAAUUUACUCUCUCAGGGAGUUGCUACACGCGACUAACAACUUUCACAACGACAACAAGAUCGGCGAGGGCGGUUUCGGAAGCGUUUAUUGGGGUCGAACAAGUAAAGGCGUAGAGAUUGCGGUGAAAAGACUCAAAGCGAUGAGUGCAAAGGCCGAAAUGGAAUUUGCGGUGGAGGUGGAGAUUCUUGGCAGGGUGAGGCACAAGAACCUUUUAGGGUUGAGGGGAUUCUACGCAGGUGGCGAUGAGAGGUUGAUCGUCUAUGAUUACAUGCCUAAUCAUAGCUUAAUAACUCAUCUCCAUGGCCAACUCGCCGCAGAUUGCUUGCUCGAUUGGCCACGAAGAAUGAGCAUUGUGCUCGGAUCAGCUGAGGGUUUAGCGUACUUGCAUCAUGAGGCCAAUCCUCACAUAAUUCACCGAGACAUAAAGGCGAGUAAUGUCCUUCUGGACAACCAAUUCCAAGCAAAAGUUGCGGAUUUCGGUUUCGCUAAACUUAUUCCAGACGGCGUUACUCAUUUGACAACAAGAGUGAAGGGAACACUCGGCUAUUUGGCUCCCGAAUAUGCGAUGUGGGGAAAAGUUUCGGAGAGCUGCGAUGUCUAUAGCUUUGGAAUAUUACUCCUCGAGAUAAUCAGUGCCAAGAAGCCACUGGAGAAGCUUCCCGGCGGAGUGAAGCGCGACAUUGUGCAAUGGGUCAAGCCGUAUGUCCAGAAGGGCGCGUUCGAUCACAUAGCUGACCCGAGAUUGAAGGGGAACUAUAAACUGGACCAGCUCAAACUGGCGCUCAUGAUCGCAAUGAGGUGCACGGAUCAUAACCCCGAGAACCGGCCAAGCAUGACAGAGGUCGUGCAGUGGCUCAAGGGAGGUCUAAGGAGGACGAAAGAGAUCGGACAUGUCACUGGCAAGGCUGAAGAAGAUGAUGGUGAUGAUGAGGAGGAAAAUGAUACAGACUACGAAGGGUAUGGGAUAGACCAAUAUGAUGACAAGAGAAAAGCAUGGAAGGGAACAAAGGUGAGAUAGAUGAUCAUUGAGAGACAAUCAUCAUUUGUAUUUUGGGUGUCUUUGAUGUACUGGUUUUUCUCUUGUCUUCACUCGUCAAUGCUUCAUCAUAAGAUCCACGCAAGU